AUGCUCGGCACCUCCCAACGGCUCAAAAUUCGCCAAGCGUCAUUAACUACUGGCCACGUUGUCCUGAGCCCCAGGAGUGGCCAACCGCCAGGGGCGGAUAGAAAAACGGAUCAAGGCGUAGGCGGGAAGGAGGGCGAGACGGCUGCUGGGGGAAGAGGGUGGUUGAGGUUCGAUGAGGGAGUGGAGGGAGGCAACCUUGGGGAUGUGAGGCGGUCGGAGGAUGGCGGGGAGUACGAGAUCUACCUUCGGCACGACGCGAUGAACCCCAGGUUCCGCCUGUGGUUCCACUUCUGCGUCAGCAACAACACGCCCGACCAGAGGGCCGUCGCCACCAUCGUGAACUUCAGCAAGACGCGCAGCCUCUUCAAGUCGGGCAUGACGCCGGUGAUGCGCGCCGGGGGCUGCUCCCAAUGGAGCCGCAUGCCCCCCAAGGACGUCUUCUACUACAAGUCGGCCAAGCACAACUGCCACGUGCUGUCGAUGGCUCUGAAGUUCGGCAGGUCGGGGGACGGGUACGAGAUUGCGUACAGCUUCCCUUACCCGUACACGCGCAUGCAGUACGAGCUUGCGUGGCUGGACCACCUCAGGCUGCCGUUCGUCAGGAGGCAGCUUCUGUGCAG